AUGCUCACCUUCAGAAAGUCGCUAAUUGCGGCCGUCGUCCUGAUCGCCUUUGUCGUCCUCCUUCGAUCCGCACAUUCCUCCCCUUCCGCCGAAACCCCCGUUCUCAACACGGAAGAGACUGUCUACGACGUCAGUCAAGCAGAAGACGAACAGCCUACAGGUCAAAAACAGAUUAUACAACAGCAGCCGCUGAAGCCACCGCCCACCGCUCCCUUGCGCGAACGACUCCGUUACCAAUUCCCAUACGACCUCGAAAGCAGAUUCCCCGCGUACAUCUGGCAGACAUGGAAGUACACCCCUGCAUCCAUGUGGUUUGCCGAAGACCUACGCCCGGCUGAAGCGAGUUGGACAGAAUUACACCCGGGGUUUGUCCAUGAAGUCAUUCCGGACGACACUCAGCGGCAUCUCGUGAAGUACCUCUACGGCUCGGUCCCGGAGGUGUUCGAGGCAUACGAGUCGAUGCCCUUGCCUGUCUUGAAGGCGGAUUUCUUUCGGUACUUGAUUCUGCUGGCCCGUGGAGGCAUCUACAGUGACAUCGACACCUACGCGCUCAAACCCGCCUCCGACUGGCUGCCUGUGGAGCUGGAUCUGGCGACGGUCGGUUUCGUGGUCGGAAUAGAGGCCGACCCCGACCGGCCUGAUUGGCACGACUGGUAUUCGCGCCGGAUCCAAUUCUGCCAGUGGACCAUCCAGUCGAAGCCUGGGCAUCCGAUCCUCCGCGAUAUCGUCGCAUACAUCACUGAGGAGGCGCUGCGAAUGAAGAAAAAGGGGGUCCUCAAGGAAGGGAAGAUGGACAAGACUAUCGUCGAGUUCACUGGACCCGCUGCCUGGACGGACGCGGUUUUUAGAUAUUUCAACGAUCCGGAGUACUUCAGCAUCGAACCAGGGUCGACUCACAACGUCACGUACGAGGAUUUCACCAACCAGCGGGACUUUAAAAAGGUCGGUGACGUCGUGGUUCUACCCAUUACCAGUUUUAGUCCGGGCGUUAAUCAGAUGGGAGCGGGCGAUCUGGAUGACCCCAUGGCGUUUGUCAAACACGAUUUUAGUGGGUCAUGGAAGACAGACCCAUCUCUCUAA